AUGGCGUCCACCACAACACAAUCCUGGGCCGCCGCAACGCAGUCAUGGGCCUCGUGGUUACUAGAUUCGUACGCCUCGUCCGUGUCGCCUCUGGCCACGGACACAUCGUUUCACCACCACGAAGACUCGCAAUCAAUCUCUGAGUCGUCGUACCACGAAAGCCACUCUUCCGUGUCCUCUAUAUCGCUGUCCUCUGCCUAUGGACCUUACGUGAAAUCCGGGCGCGGCGGUGCCGGCAAUUUCACCUGGGACACGGAUCUCCAGCUCGCCCCAGGAUCAAGCUCCCCAGUCGACCUUGAAGCAAACAUGCCGCAAAGACAGACAUCUCUAGCUGAGCGUCGCAACGCAGCGGCCCGGCUUGAACACAUAGACACAAGGGAAACGAUGCGCCUGCGCCAGAACUCCGCGCAAUAUCGAAACCUCGGUCGCGGUGGGGCUGGAAACUACGCUUCUACCGACACGCUGCCCAUCCAACGAAGCGUCACCCUCCCUGCGACUUUAAUAUCGCCGAGCACGCCCAAGCCGCCUAGCCCGAAACAUCAGAAUCUACAUCCUAACGUGCAUGCGGGUCGAGGUGGUGCAGGCAAUUAUGCUGCUGCGGUUGAGUUGAGUGGCCGAGCAGAGACCGGGAGGGAACAAGAGGAAAGACUUGCUGCUGAGCAGAGGCGGGAACAGAUCGUUGAAGAGGUGGACGGGUUAAUCCAACCUCCUCCAGGCGCGUGGCUUGGUGGAAGGAGGAAGAGUGAAGCCACGUACGACCAGGUGUGA